AUGAAGUCCAGUUGUGUAUUCUCGCUACUUGUUCUGAUUGUCGCCUGCCUGACGUCAUUGUGCCACGGCCAGAUUCACUACACACCUGACUGGGGUCACGGAAAACGCUCCCUCGCUUCCCAGUUUGUGGACAGUGGAAGUGACAGCAUGGCGCCAUGUUUGGAACAGACAGAGCUAAAUUUACUACUGGAAGUGGCGAAAAUUUUAACGAGGGAGGCCAAGAAACUUAGUAACUGCUUGAAGGACUGUCCUUCGUUGGAAUAA